GGGGCGGGGGGAACAUGGCGGCGCACCUGUCCUACGGGCGAGUGAACCUGAACGUGCUGCGCGAGGCAGUGCGCCGCGAGCUGCGCGAGUUCCUGGACAAGUGCGCGGGAAGCAAGGCAAUAGUUUGGGAUGAGUACUUAACAGGACCGUUUGGCCUGAUUGCACAGUACUCACUACUGAAGGAACAUGAAGUAGAAAAAAUGUUCACACUUAAAGGAAGUCGUUUGCCAGCAGCUGAUGUCAAGAAUAUUAUUUUCUUUGUCAGACCCCGGCUAGAAUUAAUGGAUAUCAUCGCUGAAAAUGUGCUCAGCGAAGACAGACGUGGCCCAGCCAGAGACUUCCACAUCUUGUUCGUGCCACGCCGGAGCUUGCUGUGCGAACAGCGGUUGAAGGACCUGGGUGUCCUGGGCUCUUUUAUUCACAGGGAGGAGUACAGCUUAGAUCUCAUCCCAUUCGAUGGGGAUCUCUUAUCCAUGGAGUCAGAGGGCGCCUUCAAAGAGUGCUACCUGGACGGCGACCAGACGAGCCUGUACCACGCGGCCAAGGGGCUGAUGACCCUGCAAGCUCUGUACGGAACCAUCCCCCAGAUCUUUGGGAAAGGAGACUGCGCUCGGCAAGUGGCCAACAUGAUGAUCCGGAUGAAGAGAGAGUUCACCGGAAGCCAAAAUUCAGUAUUCCCUGUUUUUGAUAACCUGCUGCUGCUUGACCGGAACGUGGACUUAUUAACACCUCUCGCCACUCAGCUUACGUACGAAGGACUCAUCGACGAAAUUUACGGCAUUCAGAACAGUUACGUCAAGCUGCCGCCCGAGAAGUUCGCCCCCAAGAAGCAGGGCGAUGGCAAGGACCUCCCCGCCGAGGCGAAGAAGCUGCAGCUGAAUUCUGCCGAGGAGCUCUACGCCGAGAUCCGGGACAGGAACUUCAACGCGGUGGGCUCGGUGCUCAGCAAGAAGGCAAAGGUCAUCUCGGCGGCCUUCGAGGAGCGACACAACGCCAAGACCGUGGGGGAGAUCAAGCAGUUCGUCUCCCAGCUGCCACACAUGCAGGCGGCAAGAGGCUCCCUGGCAAACCACACCUCAAUUGCGGAGCUGAUCAAAGAUGUCACCACUUCUGAAGACUUCUUUGAUAAAUUAACAGUGGAACAGGAGUUUAUGUCUGGAAUAGAUACUGAUAAGGCCAACAGCUACAUCGAGGACUGCAUCGCCCAGAAGCAUCCGUUGGUCAAGGUGUUAAGGCUGGUUUGCCUGCAGUCCGUGUGCAAUAGUGGACUCAAACAGAAAGUUCUGGAUUAUUACAAACGAGAAAUUCUCCAGACUUACGGCUACGAGCACAUACUGACCUUGCACAACCUGGAAAAGGCCGGCCUGCUGAGACCGCAGACGGGAGGCAGGAACAACUACCCGACCAUCCGGAAGACGCUGCGCCUCUGGAUGGAUGACGUCAAUGAGCAAAACCCUACCGACAUAUCCUACGUGUACAGCGGUUACGCGCCGCUCAGCGUGCGGCUGGCCCAGCUGCUGUCGCGGCCUGGCUGGCGCAGCAUCGAGGAGGUCCUCCGCAUGCUCCCGGGGCCCCACUUCGAGGAGCGGCAGCCCCUGCCCACAGGGCUGCAGAAGAAACGCCAACCAGGAGAAAACCGAGUCACGCUGGUGUUUUUCCUUGGGGGUGUGACCUUCGCUGAGAUCGCGGCGCUGCGGUUUCUCUCCCAGCUGGAGGAUGGAGGGACGGAGUAUGUCAUCGCCACCACGAAGCUGAUGAACGGCACCAGCUGGCUGGAGGCUCUGAUGGAGAGACCGUUCUAGCGCGCCGAGGAGACAGCAGGUGCGCCGCAGAACUUCUGAAGACGUUGCAGACAGGAAGUGAAACCCCGUGGAAGAAACAGGAACACAACACUUACUUUGGGGUCAGCUUCUUCCGUGCUACUACAGCGUAUUCCCUCCUGCUUCUCUCUUGACAUUCCUAAUUUCUUGAAGAAAGAAGAAUAGGAGGGAAAAGAAAUAGAAGGUAAAAGAGAAAUUGGUUUUGCAUUUUCCCAGCUGAGGAUCUUCAUUAGAGGUGCCUGGAAAUAUGGGAGAGGGGUAGCGAGAGAUGGCCCCUGGGCUGCACGCAGGCUGCAUGCAGGGGCCAGGGGUACAAGUGAAAUUCAGAGUGGAAAGGCCACCCCAGCACACAGUGCUGCUCGGGCGAGAGCUCCUCCUGCCACUGGGUAGAGUUCCCUCGGGGCGGCACCCUGUAUGCGGUGUCACCAGUCUCUGUCGUGUUCCUUCUAAGAAAGCUAGCGGCUUGGGGGAGCUUCUUGUCAGCUGCGUGUCCCUGGGUUAAACUGAAGAACACGGUGCUGAGGGAGCAGCUGUCUGCGGUGUUGCCGUCCAGUGAGGCGCGAUGGUGCCUCCGGAACUGGGCGUGGCAGGUGCCUCUGCUGCGCGUUCAGUCCUUCUCUGUGUCCAUCCAUCCUAGGCCCAGUGUCCAGCUCGUCCCUCCCUCCACAGGGAUGACUCUUGCUGCUUCAGCGCCUGGCAGGCCCGUCUCCCUGGUAACCACCUCCCAUCUUUCUCCCCACAUCCAUUGGCUUGUAAACAUCUAGCCCAGUGUUUCCGUCCCUGGUCUGGUGACCUCAGCUUCUGCUAUGCGUCCCCUCCGUGACCUUGGAGUUCAGCGGCUCCUGCUCCUGCUGCAGGAGACUCUCAGGCUGUGGUCGAGAGCGGGGUUGGUGGAGUGUUGGAAUCCACUGUGUCCCCACCUCCCUCCUGCUCCACGGCAGGGACUGGAGGAGUGAAGAGCACGGGGGAGGGGGCCACACUGAUGGCCCCUGCCCUGCCCACGUCCCCAGAACCAGGUGGGCCUUUGCACGUUAUGUCCCUCAGACACACAGUGGCCCAGCCCAGGUGUCUUCCGUGGCUCAUCAGUAACCACACAGGAUUCCCCGCCUUUUCAUUGGUGGAAUUCUGACGAGUAUGCUACACUGCAUCUUAUGAGUGGGUCAGAAGUUCUGUGCUUUUUAAGCUUUAUUUAUUUAUUUGAAAUGCACAAUGACAGAGAGAAGGAACAUUAGAGAAAGAUCUUCCAUCUGCUGGUUCGCUCCCCAAAUGCCUGCAAGAGCAAGAUCUGGGCCAGGCUGAAACUAGACCAUUUGGGUCUCCCACAGGGGUGGCAGGACCGCAAGUACUUGGGCCGUCACCAUCUGCUGUCUCCCAGGUGCCUUAGCAGGAACCUGGAUCCCAAGUGGGGAUGGCACUCGGUCCCAGGCACUCUGACAUGAGAUGCGGGGUGACCAAAGAGGUGGCUUAACCUCAUCUCAAAGCUUGCCCCACGUUGUCUUUUUUUUUUUUUUAAAUCACUUUAUUGUAAGAAUGAAGUGUGGUGGGGGUAAUAUUUAAAAUAUGUGCUUCUCAUGAAAUUAAUUUGGCUUUGACAUUUAGUAUUUGGACAUGCCAAACUGUUUCUAAAAUGGAAAACCAUUCUUUAGGAAAGCCUAUUUCAAAUACUUGCUCUCCCAGGGAGAUUCGUUUAUGCUUCCAGCCUCAGCUGCUUUAGAGGAUAAAGCCCGCCUUGUCCCUCGGUGUGUUUGGCUCGUGGGAUUCAGUGCAAGUCUGCUCAGGCCUCCCUCUGUCCUGUGAACACAUGCCAGCUGCAGCCUCGUUGUCCCCGCUCCCUGGGCUCCACGUGUGUGCUCAGUCAGCUCCAGACUGCACGUGGCACAGGGGUAGUGAGGCAGUUGCUUCAUCUGUAUGUAAAUACAGAGUGGAAAGUUAACUA